CAUUUGACAGGGCGGGGCGCCUCACGAAGAUGGUGGCGCGCGCGGCGUGUGGCUCCUGUCGUCUUCGCGAGUCUCAGCUCAGCACACGGACCAGCGUUUCGCUGGUUUGGAGUCCCCGCCCCCCGGGUCCCUGACCCCGCGCCCCCUUCCCUUGUCCCCAAUUCCGGGUUCAGGAAUGCCUCGCGCUCGUAAGGGCAAUGCGCUCCGCAAGGGCGGUCAGCGCCGUGGAGGAGGUGCCAGGAGCUGUACCCAAGCUGACUCGGGUUCCAGUGAGGACGACGCGGCCAGCGAGGCCCGGAGCACCACCAGUGAAUGUCCCAGCCUUCUCAGCACCGCCGCAGAAGACUGCCUGGGUGGGGAAGCUGUGGACGAACAGAGCCAGCAGGAAAACCUGGAGGAAAAGCUGAAGGACUAUGUGGACUGCCUGACUGACAAGAGCGCCAAGACCCGGCAAGGAGCUCUGGAGAGCCUGCGCGUGGCCCUGGCCUCCCGCCUACUUCCAGACUUUUUGCUGGAGCGCAGCCUCACUCUGGCCGACGCCCUGGAAAAGUGCCUUAAGAAAGGGAAGGGUGAAGAACAGGCCCUGGCCGCUGCUGUACUAGGCCUGCUCUGUGUGCAGUUGGGCCCUGGACCCAAGGGCGAGGAGCUGUUCCAUAGCCUGCAGCCCCUGCUAAUCUCGGUGCUCAGUGACAGUACAGCAAGCCCCACUGCCCGGCUCCAUUGUGCUUCUGCUCUUGGCUUGGGCUGCUAUGUGGCUGCCACCGAUGUCCAGGACCUGGUCUCUUGCUUGGCCUGCUUGGAAGGUGUUUUCAGCUGGUCCUGUGGCACCGGCGGCUCUGCUGCUUCUCUGGUUCCUGCCAGCCUACAUGGCCUGCUCUGUGCCGCCCUGCAGGCUUGGGCAUUGCUGCUCACCAUCUGCCCUAGUACCCACAUCAACCACAUCCUUGACAGGCAGCUGCCCCGGCUGCCCCAGCUCCUGUCCAGUGAAAGUGUGAACCUGCGAAUUGCUGCUGGGGAAGCCAUCGCCCUGCUCUUCGAGCUUGCCCGGGACCUGGAGGAGGACUUCAUCUAUGAGGACAUGGAGGCUCUGUGCGGAUCUCUGCGGACCCUCGCCACCGACAGCAAUAAGUACCGUGCCAAGAUUGACCGUCGACGCCAGCGCUCCAUUUUCCGAGCCGUGCUGCACUUUGUUGAGGGCGGUGAAUGUGAGGAAGAAACAAUCCGCUUUGGACUGGAAGUGCUCUACAUAGACAGCUGGGCUCGCCACCGCAUCUACACAGCCUUCAAAGAUGUGUUGGGCUCCGGCAUGCACUAUCACCUCCAGAAUAAUGAACUUCUCCGUGACAUCUUCGGCCUGGGCCCUGUGCUGGUGCUGGAUGCUGCUGCCCUGAAGGCCUGCAAGAUUUCACGUUUUGAAAAGCACCUGUACAAUGCUGCGGCCUUCAAAGCCCGGACCAAGGCCCGGAGUCGUGCAAGGGACAAGCGGGCGGAUAUCUUGUGAAGUAGAUUGGCCGACGAGAAGGCUACCCACACCCCUACCAUAUUUUUAACAGAAGACAGUGCAAGAACUGGUCCCUGCCAGUAAUUGUCACUUUAUUUUUUUAAUAAUGAAACCAAAAAUAGACAAAUGUGGGAGGGUCGAGGGAUCAGGACACUUGCGACUCAAGCCCUUUGUACGUGCACUCAGCCAUGUGGCCGAGGCCUCUUCCUGUCCUGUCUCAGGUGAAACCAAAUGUGUGCUGGUCCUCGUGGUGAGGGUGAGAAAGGGCUGUCCCUUGUGUCUUUUAGACCUUGCCCCCUGGGUGCUUCCUUUCAGGUCUGGCACCUGGCCACUCUGGCAUUAGGGUAGGCAACGCUGCCUAGAAUGGAUGCGUGUGCUGAUUUAUUAAAGAUAAGAGAGAAUUAAGCAACACCUA